AUGGGCCAGGUUGACUUCCCCUUCACCGAGGACGCCCUGCCCGUCGAGCAGCUGGUUCCCUACAACGGCACACAGUUUCCGAUGUUGGCCAGCGGGCUGGCGCUCAUCUACAAUCUGCCCAACACGACCCUCGAUCUCGUUCUCAACCGAACGGUGCUUGCGGCGAUCUGGGUGGGCAACAUCACCAUGUGGGACGACGUGGCCAUUCAAGAGCUCAAUCCCGACAUGGUCGCUGCCGGAGAGCUGCCCAACAAGAACAUCACCCUGGCCUUUGACACGUUCGGCGUUCUCGAUCUCACUGCCGUGCUCACGAGUGCGCUCUGUCGCUUCAGCGCUGAUUACUGCGCGGAAUUCAUCAACGCCAUCACCCUCAUCGAAAAUAUGGAGGUCACCCAACGCGGCAUGGCCAUCCCCUUCAACCACUCGCAGGACCGCCUCUUCUUCGUCCAGGAAACGCCGUAUAGUAUGACCUACAGCGGUUUCAAGGAGGCCAUGGACUCGGGCCUGCACCAGGUGCUGAUGUACAACAAGGCCGGCCAGCUGGUGAGCCUCAACCUCGACAGCGUCCGGAGCGCCAUGGUGGACCAGGACAACUCCACCACCUACUCCAUUGCCCUCUCCGACGCCCCUGGAGAGAAUUCGUGGCCGUUGUCGCAUUUCGAGUUCCUGACGUUGGCCAACAACAGUACGGGCGCGUUCGACUGCGGGGACGUGCAGGACCUGCUGGCCUUCCUCUCGUGGGCGCAGUUCAACGACAAGGCGUCGGAGGUGGCCCAGAACGAAGGCUACGUGCCCCUUAGCAACCACUUCAGAAAACGGCUCAUGUUCCGCUUUAGAGUGUUCGAUUCGCUGUACAAUAUUACGUGCCACGGCAAGCGGGCCUUCAACACGGCGGUGCUCCUCGGUGGUGGCGGCUCUUCGCCCACCUACCCCAUUGGUUCAGUCACUGAACGGCUCCCGACAGAGUGGGCCAGCGCAUUUGAGUCGAGCACCUUCCUGCUCAAGUACUUCGCAUCGACCGACGCGCAGGCACUCACCGACUCACUCGAACUCAACGUCGACUUUGGCGCCACCAGCUCCUACAAGCCCGGUGACGACCUGACCGAUCCUGACCUCGGAGUGCUACCGGUGGUGGCCUACGCCAUCGCGCCCGCCUACAAUACGCCCACGCUGGUGUUCGAUCUGCAGACGGUGUCGGACAUACUGUACGGGCGCAUCACCAAGUGGAACCACGGCAACAUCAGCGCGCUCAAUCCCGGCGUGGCGCUGCCCAACGCCGACAUCCGCGUGGUCGUCACCACCGAUGCGGCGCUCGAAAAUCUGCUCAUGACCAACGCCCUCGCCAACCGCGUUCCCGAUUGGACGGUGAUGUAUCCGGUGGUGGGCGAUCCCCUGACGCUGGACUUGGCACCCAGCUAUGUAGCCUCCACAGCCGCCUCCACUGACAACACCUUCACCUUCUGGAAUUACUACGAGCUAUACCAAACGCGAACAAUCAAGAUCGGACGAAUGAUCAACGCGGCGGGCAGCCCGGUCGCGGCCGAUUCGCAGUCGGUCGUCUCCGCCGUCGACGACUACGUGCAGGGCCGCGUGCUCGCCCAAUCGCCCGGCGCCGUGUUAGGCGAGGGCGCGGGCAGUUGGCCGGUGACGGCCGUGGGAAACUUCCUCGUACACAUUGACGACACCGUGGACUGCAACAAGGCCCGGGCCUUAACCGAGUGGCUCUACUGGAGCCAGACGUCGACAGCGGCAUCGGACAUCGCUACGCGGACGGGGGCGACGGUGGCGGCGCAGUCGCCGCUGAUGUACAAGCGGAUGCUCACCUUCAUCGCCAGCCUCACCUGCGACGGUCUAUUCACCAGCAGCAUUCACGGCUGCGUGUGGGAGGGCACGCUGUGCGCCAACGAGGGCCAGUGCGUCGACGGCCGGUGCAAUUGCAACAGCGGUCGCGCGGGCGAGUUCUGCGAGAGCGAGUCGUCCACCUCGGACGCCCUCAUCAUCGGCUUGACCGUCGGGCUGGUGGUUCCGGUGAUCGUGUUCUGUGCGCUGCUUCUCUUCUGCCUGUUGCUCGCCUUCGCUCUCUACGUGCGCCGGAACAGGCGACAAAAGGACGAGUGGGAGAUCGACGUGAACGAGCUCGAGUUCGGGGAGCAGCUGGGGCAGGGCGGGAACGGCCAAGUGCACAAGGGCCUGUGGAAGGGCACCGAGGUGGCCAUCAAGAUGAUGACCGCCGACCAGGUCACCCGCGACAUGGAACGUAACUUCAAAGAAGAGGUGCGCGUGAUGACGGCGUUGAGGCACCCGAAUGUGGUACUCUUCAUGGCGGCGUGCACCAAGCCGCCCAAGAUGUGCAUCGUCAUGGAGUUCAUGGCCCUCGGCUCCCUCUACGACUUCUUGCACAAUGAGUUGGUGCCGGCGGUGCCGUUCGGGCUGGUGCUCAAGCUGGCCUACCAGGCGGCCAAGGGCAUGCACUUCCUCCACUCGUCGGGCAUCGUGCACCGCGACCUCAAGUCGCUCAAUCUGCUCCUCGACAACAAGUGGAACAUCAAGGUGAGCGACUUUGGGCUGACCAAGUUCAACGAGGAGGUCAAGCGGAGUGGCAAGGGCGGCAACGUCCAGGGCAGCGUCCACUGGACCGCGCCGGAGAUCCUCAACGAGUCCGUCGACGUCGACUUCAUCCUCGCCGACGUCUACUCCUUCGGGAUCAUCUUGUGGGAGCUGCUGACGAGACUGCAGCCCUACGGCGGUAUGAGCCCGGCGGCGAUCGCGGUGAGCGUCAUCCGAGACAACCUGCGGCCGCCGCUGCCCGAGGAGGGCGAGAAGGAGGCCGACGGCGCCAGCCACGAGUACAGGGAGCUCCUCACCAACUGCUGGCAUCAGGACCCCACCGUCCGGCCCACCUUCCUCGAGGUGAUGACGCGGCUGAGCACCAUGUCGGGCGAGUCGGCCUUCACGUCCAAGUCUUCGUCCUCGAGCAAGAUGGGAGUGAGCCACCUAUCGAACGGUUCCUGGAGCUCCGUGCCCCACUUCAGCAGUUCCAUUCACACCUCAGAGUCCUCCAGCAAUUCGUCGAAUGGCGGCAAGGCGGCGGGCGCGGCGGCAGCGGGCGUGGUUCCGCCCGACGGCGAGGUCACGAUCCUGUUCUCCGACAUCACCCGCGCGGCCUCUCUCUGGGAGUUCAACGCCGCCGCAAUGAAGGAGGCCACGCUCCUCCACAACCAGCUCCUCCGUUCGCUCCUCAAAGAACACCAGGGCUACGAGGUGGUGUUCAUCAGAGACAAGAACAGCGGCGAGGGCUCCUUCUGCAUGGCCUUCCAACGCACCUCCGACGCACUCCAAUGGUGCAUGGCUGUGCAGCAGGAGCUGCUGAAGGCGGAGUGGCCCGAGGCGCUGCUCGACCACCCGGGCGCGGCCGAGGAGUGGGGCGACGUCGACGACCGGGUCAUCUUCCGCGGGCUGCGCGUGCGGAUGGGCAUCCACGUCGGCCGGCCCCGCAUGGUGCGCGAUGCCAUGUCCCGCCGCAUCGAGUACAUCGGACCUGUCGUCAACGCCGCCGCACGCAUCACCUCCGUCGCCCACGGCGGACAGAUCCUGUUGUCGCAGGCGGCGUAUGAGAAGGUGAAGGACUCGUCGGCCGAGCUGGCGCGGGAGAAGAACCGGUUCGCGUGCCUGGGCCGCUUCGAGAUGCCCGACGCGGUCGACGCCCGACGGGCCAAGGUGUGGGAGAUGCGGGUCGCGGGCCUCGAAGGCCGCUUCUUCAACGGCGUCGCCCGCAAGACCGGCGGCGCCGACGCCGACGACAGCGUCGACAGCGAAGGCAACCACAACAGCUCCAGAAAUGAAGAUGAUGAAGACGGUGAUGAUGGUGAUGACGGGGCGGAGAUGGAGGAGAACGUGGGCGAGCAGGGGAUGAUGUUCAAGGAGGACAACUUCCUGACGUCGGCCAACCUGUGCCGGUGGGUGAUCGACUUCAAGGAGAUCCAGCUGGGCCGGCAGGUCGGGCUCGGGUCCUACGGCGUCGUGUUCAAGGGCCGCUGGAAGGGCGUCGACGUCGCUGUCAAGAAGUUCGUCAAACAGAAGCUCGACGAGCGGCGCAUGCUCGAGUUCCGCGCCGAGAUGGCCUUCCUCUCCGAACUCCACCACCCCAACAUCGUCCUCUUCAUCGGCGCGUGCGUGAAGCGGCCGAAUCUGUGCAUUGUGACGGAGUUCGUGAAGCAGGGUUCGCUCAACGAUCUGCUGAUGGACUCGAGCGUGCGGCUGCCGUGGAACCAGCGCAUGCGCAUGCUGCGCUCGGCGGCCCUGGGCGUGAACUACCUCCACUCGCUCUCGCCCUGCAUCGUCCACCGCGACCUCAAGCCCUCCAACCUCCUCGUGGACGAGAACUGGAACGUGAAGGUGGCGGACUUCGGGUUCGCGCGCAUCAAGGAGGAGAACGCCACCAUGACCCGCUGCGGCACGCCCUCAUGGACCGCGCCGGAGAUCAUUCGCGGGGAGAAGUACUCGGAGAAGGCCGAUGUGUACUCGUUCGGGAUGACGAUGUGGCAGAUGGCCACGCGCAAGCAGCCCUUCGCCGGGCGCAACUUCAUGGGGGUCUCGCUGGACGUGCUCGAGGGCAAGCGGCCGCAGCUGCCCGCCGACUGCCCGCUGGCCUUCGGCAAGACUGUCAAGCGGUGCUGGCAUGCCAAGCCCGACAAGCGGCCCUCCAUGGACGAAGUGCUCAUUGUGCUCAACCAGCUCACUGGCGACCACUCCCUUGAAGACCACGAUGGCGACUCCAGCAUCGUCCUCCCCUAA